AUGGAGAACAGCUUCGGGGCAGUCUACUACAACUUUCCGCAUGCGGGAGUUGUGCAGGGCUUUUUUGAUGGCCAUCCCUUUGUGAGAUGGCGACACGAGAACCUGAUGCACCUCUUCUUCCGGGCGCUGCGAGGCUUCGUGAAGCCCGGUGGCAUCGUGAAAGUUGCAUCCAACUCCAAUGCCACAGGCGAGUUCCUUCAUGUGGAGACGCUGCCGUUGCUCGAGUGGAGCUUGAGGUCUUACCAUCGGUCGUAUGGGGAUCGGCGAGACUCCAGCAGACGACCGGAUGAGAAGGUCUACGCGUUUCGAUACGAACCAAGCGGCAGCAUUCCACCCAAGGCAUUGAUAAGGCGGCCACCGACAAAGGAUGACUUGUUCCUUUCGCCCAAGGAGGGCAAAAUGCCAAUGAGUGCUGAGCAGAAGAGGAAGAGGUUGGAGGACGAAACAGCUCCUUCGGCGACCAAGCUGGUGAUAGGCGAUGACGUGGCUACUCCGCAGCAUCUGUGGGCCUGCGUGGUCUUCAUGCCGGCAGGCUGCCCAAUCAGCGUCCUCCAAGCACUUCUAGGCCGCUUGGCUUUGGACUCUCACUGCGAGGCCCGCGUGGACGCACUUUGGAGGCCAUCUUCCUUGGCUGAGACCCUCCAGCUGGCGCAGGUAGCCUCCAUGCUUCAAAUCGAAGAAGUCAUGCCUGAGCUGGUCAACCUCGUUUCAGAGGCCAUGGCCAGUGGAGCUGAUGCAGCAGAGCUACAGGCUGCCUGUGAGCGGCUUCAGUCUGAGUCUCAGUUGGGAGUCUGGUGUGCGCGCGCUCUGUCGCGUGCUGAAUAG